CGGCCUAACUAGGAAGGUAAAUUAUUUUUCUCCCCUCAGUUUCUGCAUCUCUCUUUCUCUCCCUCUCUCUCUCUAAAUAAUUAAGGCACGUAACGUAUGAUCUUCAAUUCAAACACAAAACCCUAAUUCUAAACUAAACAGAAUCAGUUCAAUGGAUGAUACAGAUGGUGGUCUCAGCUUCGAUUUUGAAGGAGGUUUAGACUCCUCCGGGCCCACGAACCCCACCGCCUCCAUCCCCGCUAUUCCUUCCGACAAUACCGCCGCCGUCGCCGCCGCUACCAACAAUUCUAUCGUCCCUAAUGUCUCUUCCAAUGACCCAGCCUCAGCAGCAGCUGCCGCUGCAAACAAUCAGGCAGGGCGGCGGAGCUUCAGACAGACAGUCUGCCGGCAUUGGCUCCGUAGUCUUUGCAUGAAGGGUGAUGCUUGUGGAUUCUUACAUCAGUAUGAUAAAUCGCGAAUGCCAGUUUGCCGCUUUUUUAGGCUUUAUGGGGAGUGCAGAGAGCAGGAUUGCGUCUAUAAGCAUACUAAUGAGGAUAUCAAAGAGUGUAAUAUGUACAAACUAGGGUUUUGUCCGAACGGUCCUGAUUGCCGGUAUAGGCAUGCUAAGUUACCUGGACCUCCACCUCCUGUGGAAGAAGUCCUUCAGAAGAUUCAGCAACUAAAUUCUUACAAUUAUGGAUCCUCAAAUAAAUUUUUCCAACAGAGGGGCGCUGGUUUUCAGCAACAUGCAGAUAAAUCUCAGUUCUCGCAAGGUCCCAACAAUAUGGGUCAAGGAAUGGCAGCAAAACCCCCUGGAACAGAAUCAGCUAAUGUGCAGCAGCCUCAGCAGCAGCAACCGCAACCGGGACAAGGACAGCAGUCUCAACAACAAGCCACUCAGACCCCGACACAAAAUCUUCCAAAUGGACAGCCCAAUCAGGCUAACAGAACUGCAAUUCCUUUGCCUCAAGGAAUAUCUAGGUAUUUUAUCGUUAAAAGUUGCAAUCGUGAAAAUCUGGAAUUAUCUGUCCAACAAGGAGUUUGGGCGACUCAAAGGAGCAAUGAAGCUAAACUGAAUGAAGCUUUUGACUCUGCUGAAAAUGUGAUUUUAAUUUUUUCAGUCAAUCGAACUCGACAUUUCCAGGGAUGUGCAAAGAUGACAUCCAAAAUUGGUGCUUCUGUUGGUGGUGGAAAUUGGAAAUAUGCACAUGGAACUGCACAUUAUGGACGGAAUUUUUCUGUCAAAUGGUUGAAGUUAUGUGAAUUGUCAUUCCACAAAACUCGCCACUUGAGGAACCCAUACAAUGAGAACUUACCAGUGAAGAUCAGUAGAGACUGUCAAGAGCUAGAGCCCUCAGUUGGCGGGCAGUUAGCUUGCUUACUUUACGAUGAGCCAGACAGUGAACUCAUGGCAAUCUCGCUUGCAGCCGAAGCAAAAAGAGAGGAGGAAAAAGCAAAGGGAGUUAAUCCAGAAAAUGGAGGUGAUAACCCAGACAUUGUGCCAUUUGAAGACAAUGAAGAAGAGGAAGAGGAAGAGAGCGAGGAGGAGGAAGAGAGCUUUGGCCAAGCCCUUGGAGCACCAGGUCAAGGGCGAGGGAGAGGCAGAGGCAUCAUAUGGCCUCACAUGCCACUGGCCCGUGGUGCUAGACCCAUCCCUGGGAUGCGAGGAUUUCCCCCCAUGAUGAUGGGUGCUGACAGCUUUUCUUAUGGACCGGUGACUCCUGAUGGCUUUGGAAUGCCUGAUCUUUUUGGCGUGGCACCUCGCGGAUUUACCCCAUAUGCCCCUAGGUUUUCUGGUGAUUUUACAGGUGCAGCAUCUGGUAUGAUGUUUCCUGGGCGACCUCCCCAACCUGGGGGUGUGUUUCCAAAUGGUGGAUUUGGGAUGAUGAUGGGUCCGGGGCGGGCCCCUUUUAUGGGUGGAAUGGGCCCCAACUCUACAAAUCCACUUCGAGGGAAUUGGCCAGGUGGUAUGCCAUUUCCGCCACUUCCUACACCAUCCCCACAAAGACCUGUUAAGCGAGAUCAAAGGAUGACAGCCAACGAUCGAUAUAGUACAGGUUCCGAUCAAGGCAGGAAUACAGCUGGGGAACCAGAUGAUGAGGCACGGUAUCAACAAGAAGGAUUAAAGGCUUCCCAUGAAGAUCAAUUUGGUGCAGGAAACAGCUUUAGAAAUGAUGAGAGUGAAAGUGAAGAUGAGGCACCAAGGAGAUCAAGGCAUGGGGAAGGGAAGAAGAAGAGACGAGGCUCGGAAGGCGAUGCAACUCCGGGCUCUGAUCACUAACAGUACUACUUGUUCAGAAGGAUAACUAAUUUGCUAGGCCUGCUUAUAGGGACAUUACUCAUUCUCCACCACCAUUCUUUUUAGCUUUCUUAUGGAUGUGAUUAAACUAUACAUUUCCCAAAACCUGGAAUAUUAAUUCUAAAUUUUGGAAAGAAAAAAGGUGUGGAGAGUCAAAACUUCUGAAAUUGUUCCGCUCCUCCAUUCUUUUCUUAAGGUUAACAUGUUCAAACAUGUUGCCAAAAUUGUGUACAUGUGUAUCUUCUAGCUGGUGCUUUACUGAUUUCUGAAGGACACAAGACAUUUUUUAUGAAAGGUUUUAAGGGUAGACAAAUAGAUGAGCAAAUAGUUAUUUCAUUUAA